AAAAAAACGUAGUCGACUGCAAAUGUUCUAGAUCUUUCUGGAUUUUUAUACUUCAUCUUCCCGUCAUUUCUACAUAACAUCUUCAAUCUGUUGUUCCUCUAUCUUCGUCCCUUUUCUUCCGUCUGCAUAAACCCACCAAAAACCCUAUCAUAUAUGUUAAAAUCGAAAGGUACCCAUUAAUUUUCUCCGUCGCUGUAUAGCUGGGACAAAUUCACAACUUCAGGAAAAAGGCACAAGAAAUAAAGUAACUAACAAUGUUUGGAGUGGUGUUCCCGAACCGAAGCUUCCCUAUGGAUAUCUCCACCUUUGCUCAAAUUGGCACAACCCAUUGGGUCCUUGACAUGAACACCUUUGUUGGGGAAGCAUACGAUUCAAUUCGGGAAGUCUGCAUAUUCCUCAUCAACAACUUCACGCUGCCACCAGACAAGGCCCUCGCUGUGUAUAUCCAAUCCCCUGGCUCACCUUUCCUCUUUUGUGGUGCAGUCACGCUGACACGACCCUCUGCCGUGCUGUCGCUCCCUUGGCCAGAGCCCGGUGGCCAACUGCAGCUCACUGCCGAUGCAACUCCAGUCUCUGCCAAGAUAGGUGUCUCAGUUGAGGACCUUGCAGCACUUCCCUCCCUUGAUGUCACUGCAGAGAAGAAAAUCGAGAGGUUGGCAUUGAAAGUUGGUGAAAACUUGUUCAAUUUUAUGCAGUCGUUUUGUGGGGUGGAUGGCAGUAAGCUGGUGGUGCCUAUGGAUAUAUUGGAUCGCUGGUUCAAGAAAUUCCAGGAACGAGCAAAGCGAGAUCCAGAAUAUUUGAAGGGCUUCGCGUUGUAGUUCGAGUGAGACGUUUAUUUCAUGUUUGAAGGUUCCACUAUUUUCCUUUGGAGGAUAGUGAUGAGAAUAUGAGGGCAACUGAUAUGCUUAGGUGCUAAAUAUAAUGCGCUUAGCAAUGAAAAGCGAAUCCUUGGGUCUUUUUCAUCCCCUGGUUAACUGUUGUAGGAUUGUGGUGUUUCAUUUUCAGAAUAUGGUUAACUUUGGGCGGUAGCCAUUGUCUAAUGUUGGUUUUUAGAAAAAAGUCUCAAUAAUAUCAUAUGAAUUGCAGUGGAAAGUGUAAAGCAGUUCUCUUUGUUGUACUGAUUAUGUUCAGAACGUUUUUUUCGUAAAUUGAGUAAAGAGAAAAGGUAAAGGCAA